UCUUGACUCAACAAAACCACCCUCCGUUGCUCACAUGCCUGUGUGUUGAUACUAAAGAAUCUGCUGAAUCGAGUGAUUAACGACUAACUAAGCAUUUUAGAUUUGUGUUUAGUUCUAGCUAGAAACUUGAGAAAAGGUACUGUUCGUUAACAAAUUGAAGAUUAAUUAGUCAAGCUGUUAAAAGUAAAAUCAUUAAAAAAUAUGUUUACUGUUUAAAAAAAGGUGCUGUGUUAAUGCUACAAGGAUAACCAUCAUGACGAAGAACUUUUGAUACUUGAAUAGCACGUCCAGGGAUGGGAAUGAACGUUUCAUUUCGCUUUGCGAAAUUUUGGAUUGCCAACUGUAGUGACCGUAUGCCUUUUUAAGGUUCCCGCUCAACAGAUCGAAAUCCUCACGAUGACCCAGUGCAGAAGCUGCAACGCCAGCAUCGACACCGACGCCGAGUGGACAGUCCAGUGCAGCGGCCAGUGUGGCUUGUCCUUCCACGUGCGCUGCUCCCACCUCACGCCGUCCCAGUAUUCGGCGUGGUCCGACGAGGUGGGCCUGCUGUGGUUCUGCCCGGAAUGUUUGCCCCAGUUCAACCCGGCGGUGGACGCCAUCCGAAAGAGUACGGUGACCCGCGUGGAGGACCUCGAAACCAAGCUGGACCGUGGGUUGGACCGAGUUGAAGGCUUGCUGAUGGGGAUGAGCGGAAGUGGGACGAACAUGGUGCAGGAGCCGAAGGAUGAAGUUCUUCUUCCCGCACUGCCAACGGAACUUUGGGAGUUGAUUUUCCAGCAUUUGAACUUGUACACGCUGAAGAAGGUUCGGCUGACGUGUCGCAGCUGGAACGAGAUCGUCACCUGUUGCCCAUCAUUGUCGAACGGAUAUGUGUUUAAGAUUUCCAUGCCACCGAAAGCAGCGGACAUUAGGCACCUCCGGAAAGUGCUAGCUCGCCCGGGCCAAUACACCAACGUCAAGGUUACGCUUGAGCCUUUUGCGAACCCAUUCCAAGCCGUUUGGUGGAAGUCGGCGUGGCAGUCGUUUGGUCAAACCGUUCAGAUACUCAAAUGUAAAGCCAAGAAUGAGACCAACCCAAUUAUGAUGGAGAUGCUUAGCCGUAUGCCGAAUUUGAAGGACUUCACAUACUCUCAAACACCCGAUUGGAGGGAUCGUAUGGACGAAAUGAUCGAUGAUAUACCUUCCACAAUUAGACUAGAUCACGUCCAGCGGUUGUGGCUAAAGAAAACUGACAUGAACGUUGGUAUGCUAAGCAUUUUUGCUAGGAUUUUCAAGAAAUUAAAGGUCAUCAAAUUCAAAACAAGAUGCGGCCCCAUUUUCAUGAUGCAUAGAGGCUACGAACAAAAGUGCGUUGAUCUUCUGAAAGCCAACAAAAACACGUUGGAAGAGGUGAAACUCUACCCAACAAACCGCAUCCUCGAUGUGCUAACCAACUUUGAUAAGAUUCAGCUGAAGCGCGUUUCUCUUGAUUACAAUGAGAAUGUAACAAUAGGGAAAAUAAUUCAACUGACUAAACGCCAAACUAAAAUCGAACGCCUCCACAUAAUUGUAAAGUUCCAGAACAUUUCGGCUCUCUACGACAUAGUGCGCAACCUGCCCAAUCUGAAAAGCUUCAAGUUCUCUCUUCCCGAGUCUGAAGCUGCCCUGAACGCAAUUCCCGCUUUCCUGUCCACGUUGACCAAGCUGGAAACGCUCGGCAUUCGCACGUUGAGUGUUCCAAACGCAGAAGCCGGCUUCAGUUUCGGCGAAGCCAGCCUUCCCAAGCUAAGAAACUUCAAGGCAAUACUCGUCUACUUUGCCAAAGAUUCGCUGCCAAGCUUUGUCGCCCGCUGUCCCCGACUUCGCACCGUUUUGCUGCGCAACGCCCGCAUCCAUUGGGCCGACUUUCCGGCGUUGGUCACGCGAGCCCCAUCGCUGGACCAGCUGAAGCUGCUUUACCUCGAGAAGCACUGUCCCGGCCAAGACGUGCUUACGAACGUGCCAGCGCAGACCUCAAACCUGCGCCAUUUGCAACUCACCGGCUGCGAAGUCCCGGAGGAACUUGUCCGCAACGUUGGCUACCUCUGCCCGAAGCUGGAGCUGCUGUACAUGAGCCGGUUUCCGGCCUUUCGCGAGUGGCUGCGGGACAGCACGAUGGAGGAGCUGUGUCCGACGUUGGAGCAUUUGCGCGAGAUUAAGCUGUACGACUUUGAGUACCUGAGCGAACGGGCGUUGGAGUGUUUGGUGGAGAAUUGUCCCCGUGUGGAGAAGCUGCUGCUGGGAGAUUGUGCGCUGAUCAAUGAAGAUGUGGCGCGCGACGUGUUGAGACCGCUGAAGGGGGCGGAGUUGAUUUUCAACUGUGCCAUGUACAAGGACAGGAAGAAGCCUAGGGGGUAGCCGACGGCGUGUAGCACUUCCAUUUUAUCUUGUUAUGUUGUUAUUCAUUUUCAUUUCAUUCAUUUUACUGCUCGUACAACCUGCGGGUCAUGAGCUAUCUCCAGAUGCGUUGCAGUCUAACUCGGUUCUGGGCUGCUUCUCUCGAAUUCCGUCUCGGAACCUAUAUUAUUAUUACAAGACUCGAAAAUAUUGCGUAUAUUAAGUAUAUUUUAAGAAGUUAUCUGAAUUAUAAACAACUGAAAUAAAGUUAAAACAUCCUAAAACACAUUCCCUUUUUUGGUUAAU